AUGGCUUUCAAAUUUUUGGUUUUUAUUGCCUGUAUUGCUGCGUGUAAAGCUGUUGCUAUUGGUGUGGCUCCAGCUCCUCUUCUUCAUCCAGGUUACGGAUAUCCAGCUGUAGCUAAAGUUGCAGCUCCAUAUGCUGUAAAAAAAGUUGUUACUGGUGAUGAUUACGAUCCAAAUCCACAAUAUUCAUACAGUUAUGAUAUACAUGACGCUUUGACUGGUGACAACAAAUCUCAACAAGAAUCACGUAAUGGUGAUGUAGUUACUGGCUCUUAUUCAUUGGUUGAACCUGAUGGUACACGUCGAAUCGUAGAAUAUACAGCUGAUCCAGUGAACGGAUUUAAUGCAGUUGUUCACAAAGAAGGUGCAGUGGUCAAAGCAGUUAAAGCUGUUGCCCCAGUUGCAAAAAUUGCUGCUCCUUUGGCUUUUGGACAUCCAACUUCUUUAGCUUUGGCUCACGGUGCUACUCUAGGAUAUCCAGCCUAUCCAUACCAUGGUUAAAUUUUACCAUUGUUAUAUUUGUUAUUAAUUAUCAUUCUUUUCUGUCAUACUUA